AUCACCACUGCAAGUAAUGGCUACAGACAAGAAAAGCAGAAUCGUGAUCGUCGGCGCCGGGGUCUUCGGGCUGUCCAUCGCACACCAGCUUGCCUCGGAGGGCUACAAGGAUGUCGUUGUCUUGGACAGACAUAUGCCGCCGGUCCCCAACGGCUCCUCAACCGACAUCUCCCGGGUCGUCCGCUUCGACUACGCAGACACUGACUACCUAGACAUCGCCUACGAGGCGUAUCAGAAGUGGAGCAAGCUGCCGCGAUACAAGGGUAUCUACUACAGUGGUCCAUACAUCUUAACAGGGAAUACGAGUUCGCACGGCCAGGCCUGGAUUAGGAAUACCAGCACAGCGCUACAGAGCAGGGGCAUGCCGUGGUCGAAGAUCGACUCCGUCCAGGACGCGAAGAAGGCAUACCCCGUGCUUAGUGGGCCACUGGGCGGGGAUCCGUUUAAUGGGUAUAUGAACCUGCAGGCGGGCUGGGCGGAUGCGAGUAAAGCCACGGCGCAGUUGAGGGAUGAUUGUUUGGAGUUGGGGGUUUCGUUUAUAUGUGGACCGAGGGGCACGGUUGUUGGUCUUGACUACACCAGCAAUAACGGUGACAGAGCUAAGAGUAUCAAAGCUGUCAAGACCCUGGCCGGCACAAGGGUAGAAGGGGAUCACUUUGUUUUAUCUGUCGGGGCGUGGAUAUCGAAUCUCGUGCCCAUGUAUAACUCUGCGCUGGCGACGGGGCAGGUGCUUGGGUAUGUGCGGCUGACGCCAGAGGAGAUGGUCAAGUAUAAGGAUCUGCCAAUCUACGCGAAUGCGUCGACGGGGUGGUUUAAUUUCCCGCCGCAUGAGGAUACGCAGAUGCUGAAGUUUGCGGUGCACGGCUGGGGGUAUACCAGGGCGCUUGAUGCGAAGGAGACCAGUAUUCUAGGGUCCAAGGCUUCAUCGUCGCCGCCGCUUAUCCCGCCGAGGGUCAGGACGGAUUACGUUCCUGUUGAUGCGGAGGAGAGACUGCGUGCUGGGCUGCGUGAGAUGCUGCCUGAGCUUGGGGAUAGGGCGUUUGAGAAGGCGGCGAUGUGUUGGUAUACGGACACGCCGACGGGGGACUUUAUUAUGGACUCGCAUCCGGACUUUACGAAUGUUUUUAUUGCUGGUGGUGGGAGUGGACAUGGCUUCAAGUUCCUGCCCGUGCUGGGCAAGUAUCUCGGUCUGGCGUGGAAUAACCAGUUGACGCCGCAUUUGAAGAACAAAUGGCGGUUCCGUACGGAGUAUGAGCAUCGCGAGGACGCGUUCUGGGGAGAUGGCAGCCGUGGAGGGCCGCAGAGGAGGGAGCUGGACAGUAGGGAAAAGGCGAAGCUGUAGAUAGACAACCAUCACAGUUUCAUGGUCAAUUCCAUUUAUAUUGAGUGGAGUUGUCUAGUACAGGUGUGGUGUCUAGUACAGGUGUAGUGUCUACUCAUCCUGCUCAGUGGACAGAUCCAAAGGCUUGGAGAGACCAACUCGGUCGACGGUCCUGGUAUACUUGACUCCCCCGUUGGCUCGAUCCUCUUCGACGACGAGGUCCUUGCGGUUGGUGUCGACGAGAAGGCGGAUGAGGUCUGGCCGCAUAUAAUGUCCACCAAAGUCAGCCAACGACUUGGUGAGGUGCGUUUCGUCGAGG